UACAUUCAUUGUCGAGUGCAAAGGGAAAAUCAAUUGGUUUCAAAAUUGCCAAUCAAACAAUGAGCGCACGCCCGGUGUCGCCGAAGGUGCUGCUAGACAUUAGCUACAAGCCAACGUUGCCCAACAUCAUGGAGCUGCAACAUAAUGUCAUCAAGCUCAUCCAGGUGGAGCAGCAUGCCUACAUGCAGCUAAUGGACCAGCCCACGGCCCACUACAUGCAACACCAGCACCAUCACCAGCACCUUCACCAACCCCAACAGCAACAGCAACAGCCACAGCAACAACAGCAGCAGCAACAAUAUGCUCCGUUGCCUUCGCUGGCGCCUAAUGCUGCGGACUACGCGGCCUAUGGCAUAACUGAACUAGAGGAUACGGAUUAUAAUAUUCCAAGCAACGAGGUGCUCAGUACCAACAGCAAUCAGAGCGCUCAAAGCAGCCUGGAGCUGAACAACAAUCAAAAUGGCUUUGACCACCAGCAACAGGCCUCAGCCACAGCAGCAGAGGCUGCAGGAGGCGUGGCGACCGCACCUCCUCAUGGCUACUUGCUCAACGAGCACGGCAAGCGGUCGCGCAGCAGCAGCGAUUACGACUGCCAAACGGAUGCCCUGUCCAUGCAGCCCGAGCAUAAGAAAUUGUUGCAACAGCAGCAGCAACAACAACAACAGCAACAACAAUUAUACGUGGACUAUUUGCCAACCACUGUGGACGAGGUGGCCGCAGCUCAGACGCAGGCGCAGGCGCCCAGCCAACAAACCUCUUGCGUCUCGCCGCACUCUCAUUCACACUCGCAUUUCGAUUUUGCCGACGAGGAGCUGCAGGAUCAGAAGCCGCACAUCUUCAAAUAUGGCGGAUAUCCCCAAACAAUAAAUCAGCAACAACAACAACAACAACAGCAGCAGCAGCAACAACAUCAACACCCACAACAACAACAACAGCUUCACUUUCAAAGCAACUAUAGAGCCGGUUCGAAUUACGAAGGCUAUGAGCCGGCCAACAGUCUGAAUGGUAGCACCUACUCGAGUUCCGAUCGCGACGAUAUGGAAUAUGCCCGCCAGACAGCGCUCAGCUCAGUGGGCGGCUAUGCCAAGGAGGAUGAGCUCGAGGACAUGUCGCCCACCUGCCUGGGGGACGAGAGCAGUCUGCUGGAUGCCGGCGAUGUGACCGGAAAGGCGUUUCGGAAGCCCCGCCGUCGGCUCAAACGCAAGCCCAGCAAGUCGGAGGAGACGGACGAGUUCAGCAACCAGAGGGUCAUGGCCAAUGUGCGGGAGCGCCAGCGCACCCAGAGCCUCAACGACGCCUUCAAGGCCCUGCAGCAGAUCAUACCCACUCUGCCGAGCGACAAGCUGAGCAAAAUACAGACGCUCAAGCUGGCCACAAGAUAUAUCGACUUCCUCUGCCGCAUGCUCAGCUCGAGCGACAUCUCACUGCUAAAGGCGCUGGAGGCGCAGUCGUCGCCGUUGUCACCUGGCUAUGGGAAUGCCAACACCCUACUAAGUGCCGCCAAUGGCGCGGAGGCUGAUCUCAAGUGCCUGCGCAAGGCAAACGGAGCACCGAUUAUUCCGCCCGAGAAAUUGAGCUAUCUAUUUGGUGUCUGGCGCAUGGAGGGCGACGCGCAGCACCAGAAGGUCUAGGCGCAGGAGUGGGCGCAGAAGAACUAGUGCCAAUUGCCAUUGGGGCUUCCAGUUAUUGAACCGUAAUGCACACAGCGUGAAUAAUUCCAAUGCGAGUGACAGCGAGCACUUGCAGCUCUUUCCAUAUCUUAUAGAUGACUAAGCUAAACAUUAUUUAAAUUACAAAAAAAAUACAGAAGAAAUAAAAGUAUGUAAGCCAACUAUUGCUUAGGUUUAAUUGUAUGUCUAGUGCUAACUAAUUUAAAAUGUAUAAAUUAAAAGAAAAAAUAAUUCAAGCAAACGAAAAAC